GUAAUAUCUAGAAAUGAAUGAAAGUCAAUGUUAAGUCCCCACUAAGAUAGCCACACAAACGUGUGUGUGUCCUGCUGCAAGUUUAAAGCUGAUGACCUUUGAACCCAGCGAAAAUCAGGCCAUAAACGAAGAAGAGAGGAGGAAGAGGAACGCUGCCGCAGCAACCGAAGCAACAGCAGCAACCGAAGCAACCGAAGCAACUGCAGCAACCGAAGCAACAGCAGCAACCUGAGCAUGGAGCAGCAGGACAGACACGUUCAGCUGAAUGACAGCAACCGCAUGCCGCUGCUGGGGCUGGGGACAUGGAAGGCCUUCCAUCAGGCGCCCGUUCAGCCCGCUGUGGAGGCCGCCAUCGCCGCCGGUUACCGCCACAUCGACACUGCCUUCAGCUACGGGAACGAGGUGGAUAUCGGCAAAGCGCUGCGCUCCAAGAUGGAGCAGGGCGUCAUCCGGCGAGAGGAUGUGUUCAUCGUCAGCAAGCUGUGGUGCACGCACUUUGAGCCCGAGGACAUCCCCGUCUGCCUCAACCGCUCCCUGCAGGACCUGCAGCUGGACUACCUGGACCUGUAUCUCAUCCACUUCCCCGUCGGCUUCAAGAAAUCGGAAGACGAUCUGUUUCCAAGGAAGGACGGGAAGAUCGUGACAUCGGACACGGACUACGUGGACGUGUGGCGGGGUCUGGAGGCGCUGCAGGCCGCCGGCAGGGUGAGGAGCAUCGGCGUGUCCAACUUCAGCGUAUUGCAGCUGGAGCGCCUGCUGGCCCUCUGCAGGAUUCCUCCUGCUGUCAACCAGGUGGAGCUCCAUCCCUACAUGGUCCAGAAGGACCUGGUUGAGUUCUGCAGGUCCAGAAACAUCGCACUGACGGCCUACAGCCCCUUUGGCUCCCCUGGACGACCCUCAGAGCUGAAGAGAGGCGAGGCAGACCCCCACAAGCUGCUGCAGGACCCUGUGGUUGUCGACAUUGCAGGGAAGCACCGCCGCAGCCCGGCACAGAUUCUGCUGAGGUUUCAUGUGCAGCAGGGAAUCGCAGUCAUUCCUAAAAGUGACAAACCUCAUCACAUCCUCGAGAACACCAAGGUCUUUGACUUCGACCUCGGCGAAGACGACAUGGACGCCCUGCGAGGCCUGGACCGCGGCUGGAAGGCCUGCGCUCUGGACGAAAUCAAGUCCCACCCCUAUUACCCAUUCGAGUGAUGGCGGGGGCGGAGCCAGCCGGACCGCAUGAUGAAGAUGAAGAACGACAUGACCCAAUCUGAAACAAAAACCCACUUCUGGUGGUUCUGAUGCUUUUAUUACCUUGCUGAGCACAUAAACGGUCCAGUCUGGCUGGUUCUGAUGAACCGCCAGAUCCGACUCGUUCAUUUUUUAUAAUUUUUGAUUCUUCCCGAGUUUCUGCCUAGAGCUAUUCUGUUCUGACCGCCGACCCGGAACCAGAACCGUCGACCCGGCAUGCUGUCAUGUCGACAUUCGGUUUCAAACCGGCGGCCAUCUUUGAAUUUGCUGUUAAUUUUCUCAAAUACACAUAAGCUCAAAUGUUUACAUACCCUCCCACUAAAUUUAAAUACCUCCAGUCUAGAACCGGCUUGGUACCGUGGUUCUUCUGGGUCCAACAACCAUAUUCCCAAUUCAGCUCUCACAGCAUGAUGCUGCCACUACCAUGCCUGGCAGCAGGUCCAGACAGAACCAGAAGGUUUCAAAAGCUCCUUGGUUCUGUCUGGAACCCCCGACCCGCUUCCUUCCCAUGGUUCUGGACCGCUCCAGAACAGAACUGUCUGCAGCACUUUAGUUCUCCUGGAAACAUUUUUAAAAGUAAACAUCUGAUCAGAUUGUUUCUUUUUUGAUCAUAAAAAAAUCUGACAAAGCUGA